AUGGACGAUACAUCAACAUUACAACAUGAUGAUCAACAUUAUGAUGACAAUCAACAACAGUAUGAUAAUAGCACUGGUGAACAUAAUGUGACAUAUGAUGAUGGAGGCUAUCAUGAUCAGGAAUAUGACCCGAAUGCAUUCGAACCAAUAUGGGUGCGCGCUGUAUAUGACUUUGAAGCCACCAACGACACAGAGAUGAGCUUCAACGCCGAUGAUAUAGUCUGCAUCACACAGGACUAUAAUGACGGCUGGUGGUGCGGCGACCUCAAUGGCAACAUCGGCCGUGUGCCCGCCAACUACUUUGAGUACCUGGAGCAGGACACACAGGACACGCAGGCCUACGGCGACGAGAACGCCCACUACGACAGCCACCAGACAACAGACACUGGCGGCUCGUUGGACAAUCAGCAGGCGCAAGGAGAUGGCGACGACGAGGACGACGAGACCGACCAGGGCGAGCGCAAAGAGAUGCUGCGACAGAAGCGCGAGAUGUACAAGAAGGAGAUGAAGGAGUUGCAGGACAAGCUCAAGCAGCAACAAGUCACAAAGGAUGGACUGGGCUCCGAGAUCGACGCACUCGAGAAGGAGAAGGAGGCCAUCGAGGCACAGGUGCGCGGAAUGCGCCUGCUCAAAUAUCUGGACCUCGAGAUCACCAAGACAGACAUUGACAUUGAGCUCGACUCGGAAGUGUCGCAGCAGGCGCGCCAGACCGGUCUGGCCAUCACAAUGGACCUGCGCACGAUUCGCCAGUUCCUGGCCACGCUCAAGUCGGCCACGCUCGAUCAACCCAAGAAACAGUACGACAUCAAGCUGGAGGAGCUAGAGAAGAAGCUCACCGUCAACCUCACCAACCUGGACGUGUGCGACAAUCUGAAGAAGUCGGUCCAGAUGGACCUGGCACUGCUGGCGAGCGAGAUGGAGCUGUUGCUUCUCAACGAGAACCUCAGCCAGCUGCCUCUGCCACCACCCCCAAGCUCCACCAUACAGCUGCCCACGCCACCGUCCGUCACCUAUAACCUGCCACCGCCUCCUGUGCAGGCGGGAGGCUCAUUCAUGCAGUCCACCACGGUGGUGCUGCUCUCGGAGAAGGACAAGCGCAAGUCGAUGAAGGAGGCAAAGAAACAGGAGAAGCUAGAGUCCAAGGAGCGAGAGCGAGAGGAGAAGGAGAAGAAGAAAGAGAAGAAGAAGGAGGAGGAUGUCUGGAGGCCUACCAAAGUGACCAAAUAG